AUGCCAUGGUUGUUUAGGGCCUUGGAGCUGGUGGAACCAGAGAAAGUGAGAGUGGUGAUUUUAGGCCAGGAUCCAACUCCACAAAAAGACAAAGCUACUGGUGUGGCAUUUCACGUGAAAAAACCUCGUUUUGUUCCAGCGGUACUGCACAUGUUUUUAGAAGUCGCCUUUGAAGGUUUCCCUGUAGACCUUGAUAAAAGCAAUGUUAAGAAAUGGGCAAGGCAAGGCGUCCUUCUGCUUAACACGGCUCUUACAUGUCCACACAAGCCUCCGAAGAAAGUAGAUAAAAAGGAUAUGUAUAAGUAUGGAAGUCACUCAAAAAUAUGGGAAGAUUUCACCAUAUCCCUGAUCAGGUAUAUUGGGGGUAACACAGCGGGUCCUUCUGUUUGGCAAUUGUGGGGGAGAGAGGCUAAAAAGUUCUCAACGUAUAUAGAUAAAAAGCACCUUAUAAUUGAAGGAGGGCACCCUUCACCUAUGGGCACUGCCAAACAUGGAGAUUCGUUUUUUGGUGGCAACUACUUUAAUGGUGCCAAUCAGUUUUUGUUGAGCAAUGGGCGUGACACUAUAGACUGGUCAUUAUCUAAUAGCGGGUUGAAUAGUUUAAAACUAAUCCCUAAAAAUUGGAAAGACCAGCUUCUAGAGGAAAAAGGGGAAAUAGAACGUAAGCUAAAAAAAAAUCCUCUUGGAAUACCUGAAAAGAUUAGAAAAGAACUCGAAAACCGCCUGAAACAAAUCGACAAACGAUUGUUUCAGUUGCCAUUAGCACUAUUAAAAUACAACUACAACAAAAUGGUGAGUAAAAUAAACCAAUUUUAGUGAAAAGGGGUGUUUGCUGCUUGCAGUUUUGAUGAUAAAUGAAUGUUUAGUCAUGAUUCUAAUGACUGAAAGUCUCUGUCAAUUGUAGAGCCCAGUAGUUGGUCACUAUCUGAAAGCGGGUUGAAUAGUUUAAAGCUAAUCCCUGAAAAUUGGGAACAUGUCCACACAAGGAUAAAAAGGAUAUGUAUAAGUAUAGAAGUCACUCAAAAAUAUGGGAAGAUUUCACCAUAUCCCUGAUCAGGUAUAUUGGGGGUAACACAGCGGGUCCUUCUGUUUGGCUAUUGUAGGGGGGGGGGAGGCUAAAAAGUUCUCAAUGUAUAUAAAUAAAAAGCACCUUAUAAUUGAAGGAGGGCACCCUUCACCUAUGGGCAUCGCCAAACAUGGAGAUUCGUUUUUUGGUGGCAACUACUUUAAUGGUGCCAAUCAGUUUUUGUGGAGCAAUGGGCGUAAAACCAUAGACUGGUCAUUAUCUGAAAGCGGGUUGAAUAGUUUAAAACUAAUCCCUGAAAAUUGGGAACAACAGCUUAAAAAUGAAAAAAUAAAAUUACAAUAUGAGCUAAAUGAAGAAAGUAUUCAAGAAGAAAGAGAAUUAGAGCUCGAAAACCGCCUGAAACAAAUCAACCAUCAAUUGCGGCAUAUUCCAUAUGAACAACUUAAAUACCACUACGAGGAAAUGAUAACGAAACUUCCUGAGUAG